GACUCACGCUCCUCACCGUCCGGCUUCGAGGGUCGUUCUUCACGUCAAUCUCCAUGCCACCAGCUGUUAGAGCCGAGUCAGGCAGGCUGUACCGGUGGUCGGCAUCAUGCCGGGGUUGUUGAGGCUGGAUCUGCUAUCGGAGAGGCUGCGUCGACAGACGCGAUGGCCGCUGGAAAGGAGGAAGAAAGAUGCAGCAGAGAGGAAGAGGACUCGGCUGAGAAGAAAGAAAGAGAGGAGGAGGCCAACAAAAAGGGAGAAAGCGUGAGGUACGAAAAUGGACAACCGGUAAACGACACGAAAGGGGCUUAUGCUGCAUCGAUACACAAACCGCUUUUGCUCAUCACUCCAUCAGAUAGCAACGGCUAUCAGCGAUCCGCCAGCCCCGUCAAGCCUACUUGCCGUCUUGGGAAUCAUCUGGUCUCAUCAAUUGCGCCCGUCCGGCAGCCGAAGUCGACCUCUCCACUAGCAGGGCUGAUCCAGCAGGAUCGAAAGAGCCAAAUUGAUAUUGUCCUUAGUUCGGGUCAGGGAUCCCGAAAAAAAGUCGAACCUUCAGAACUAGAACAGGUAGAUGCGACUGGCACACCAACCUUUUUUGUCCUAUACUUCUAUACCAUUCGUACGGCUGAGAAAAAAUUUCGAGCCCAGAGGGCAUACUCGACUCAGCAUUACAGUUCACACGAGACGAUACAGGAGCGAAUCAAUCGGUUCGAUACGCUGAUGCGAAUUUUUUUAUGCCUUGCUGUGUGA